AGAGGGUUUGAGUAAUUCUUUUAGAUUAUGUUCCUGUCAUUUGCUAUUAUGGCACCAAGGUCUGGGUACCUCUAUCAACGUCAGUAGUCAAUUCAAGUGAUCCUUCUGUUCCAUGCUUCUAUUUCUAUAUGAUAUCCUGGGUGUUUGUUUUACUGAGAGAAAUCUCAAUCAGAGUUAUAGUCGAGCUAAUUAGUUAACAACUCAGGAACUUAACAUGGCUUUAUAGUAUUAAUAUUGUUACAUCACAUGCAUAAAGAAAAUUUGAACUCUGGGGUGCUGUAAUUCUCUGUACUACAAGAGCACUAUGAAAACUCUGAGCAGGAUCUUGUUGGGAUUCCGCCCUCUUUGUUGCAGAAGGAAAAGCUCUUUGCAGCAUUGCAGUGGUUACAAAACGCAACAAAAGGCUAACAGAUGGUGUAAUUGGCGAAGUUUUACGAUCUGUGCAGGAAGCUACCAUUUGCCUCCGUGGGUUGCACUUGCUGCUCGUCCAAGGCUUGGAGUCUGGCAUUAUAUACACGGCAAUGUGGAUGCCAUGGCUACUGAAGUGUUGACUGCUUCUGAGUAUGUGCAAUUCAGAAAAGAACUUGUGAAUAGAAGGGCCAAUGGAACUUCAUGCUUGAGUUGGACUUUGUGUCGUUCAAUGCUCAAUUUACUCGUCCCGCACUAUCAAAAUCCAUUGGCAAUGGUGUAGAGUUUCUUA